AUGAGUGUACUCUUUCGCGUCGUGGAGAUCCCGAACAGCAGUCGAGUUCUCAUUGACAAUGUGGAUAUCUCAACUAUUACACUGAGUCAACUACGCUCGAAAUUGUCAAUAAUUCCGCGAGAUCCUAUGCUGUUCAGUGGCUCGCUGCGUUUGAAUUUGAACCCACAUGCGGACAAAAGUGACACGGAGUUGUGGGAAGCGCUGCGUAAGGUGCAUUUGCAUGGCUCAGUGUCGACGUGGGGCAAAGGACUUGACUUUGAGGUGGCCGAGAAGGGCGACAACCUGUCUGUUGGACAGCGACAGCUACUUUGCAUUGCACGAGCGCUCAUUCGGGACAGCAAGGUGAUCGUGAUGGACGAGGCCACUGCCAAUGUGGACCAGGAAUCGGACAAGGUGAUCCAACAAACAAUGAGGGAGAGAUUUGGAGGCGGUGGCCAGACAGUGCUCUGUAUUGCACACCGUAUCGACACAAUUAUGGACAGUGACAAGAUUGUGGUCUUGGAUGCAGGUGAAACAUCGCUUGUUGGUUCUACCAAGGCCCCUAUCAUCGAGUAG